CCAACUUCUCCCAUUUUUACUUCAGUCGCCGGAGCAUCAUCGAUCCGAAAGGAAGCCCCUCCUCUCUCUCUCUCUCUCUGCGUGCAGAAGAGCGCUUCCUCAGUGCGGUCCCGGGUCGCGCCUGACGGAAGAUGCUGAAGUUUCUGUCGAAGGUGAGGAUCGAGUUCAAUGCGCUGGACCCGCGCAUAGCCUCGUGCAUGGAGUUCUUGGCGCAGUGCAACGCCCGCAAGGCCAAGGAGUCGAACCCGGCGUGCCAGGUGCUGGUCAAGCGGCGCACCGACGACCACCCACCUCAGAUCGCCGUCACCUUCGUCAACGGCGUCGAGGAGGUGUUCGACGGCACCACCACCACCGCCCAGAGCAUAAGGAGCAUGAUCCUCGAGAAGGGUCAGGUGCUGGAGACGGAGCAGAUGUUCCGCGAGGCCGGCGAGGCUUGGCCCGUCGUUAUCCCCGAAGAGGAGCUGCGCCAGCACGCGCCUGGCACUAAGCCAAGGAAGGCAGAGUAGCAGCAGCAGAUACAGCGGACUGUGAACGUGGAUGAACAGCGAGAGCCAUCAGCUGAAACGAUGUGACUGGACCUGGUGUGCUGCCAAGAUGGGGAUGACUAUGUAGAACAUUACGUCAAAGAUUGUUUCCUAUGCUAGCUUGUGUCGUUCCUGCUCUUUCGGCAAUCUUGCUUCAUAAGGUUUCAGAAAUUUGAGUACUCGUCCGAGAUGCCAAUAAAGAACAAAAAAUUUCCAUCUGCUUGUUUUGCUUCUAUUUUUUCAUGGUGAUGAAAAACUUGUCGAGGUUGGUGGCCAUG